AUAAGGAUAUUACAUUUUUAGUUUCACAAUGACAAGCGUUAUGGCAUCUCCGACUGGCCAGAGAAACACGUGUAGUGGUGAUGCACCGGUCAGCCCCACCAGAAUAACCAGAUUGCGAGAGAAGCAGCAGCUCAGGAACCUCAACGACCGUCUCGCUGUGUAUAUUGAGACAGUCCGAAAUGUAGAAUCUGAAAAAGACAUACUUAAUCUGAAAAUUAGUGCGAAGGAAGAGGAAAGAAGCCGGGAGUUAGGUGGAAUAAAAGCCUUAUAUGACACGGAGCUUGCCAAUGCCAGACGAUGUUUGGAUGAUUCCUCGAAAGAACAGGCCUGGCUGCAGAUUCAGCUCGGAAAACUCAAAUCCGAGUAUGAGCAACUUUUACAUAGCAACCACAAAAAGGACUCUGAUGCAGGUGAAGCCCACGCCCGGUUAAAGGAUUUGGAAGCUCAGCUCAGUGCCAAAAAUGCCAGACUCGCUACAUCCUUGUCUGAAAAGACCGUCUUGGAGGCCACCUUGGGUGACCUACAAGAACAAAUUGAUAAGUUGAUUUCCGACCUUGCUCAAACCAAGAAGCACCUUACUGACGAGAUGCUCCUUCGCGUUGACUUCGAAAACCGCCAUCAGAGUCUGACAGAGGAAAUCGAGUUUCGUAAGACCAUGCACCAAGAGGAAGUGAAGGAAGCACGGCAGCGGUAUGAGACAAGUCUGGUGGAGGUGGAUUCUGGGCGCAAAGAGGAGUACGAGUCCAAACUGAGUCUGGCACUAGCAGACAUGAGGGUGCAGAAUGAGGAGCAGAUGAAGAUCUACAAAGAUAGCAUGGAAAGCACUUACGCCGCCAAAAUGGACAACGUGCAACGGUUGUCUGAAGUGAACGGAGCGUCAGCCAGCAUUGCCCGAGAGGAGCUGAGAGAGUCGACCUUAAGGAUUGAGAGCCUCACUGCCCAACUGGAAGGCCUGCAGAAAGAGACUCGUGGUUGGCAUGGUCGCAUAGCAGAACUGGAGGCGGCACUCGCUAAGGAGAAAGAUACAAGCCGCAAACUUGUGGCAGAAAAAGACCGCGAAGUGGCUGAGAUCCAAGCAAAGAUGUUGCAACAGUUGAAUGAAUAUGAACAGUUGCUGGAUGUGAAAUUUGCUCUUGACAUGGAGAUCAAUGCAUACCGCAAACUUCUGGAGGGAGAAGAGGAAAGAUUGAAGCUUUCUCCCAGCCCUUCCUCUCGUGUCACAAUGUCUCGAGUCUCUUCCAGCAGCCGUAGUGUUCGGACAGCUCAGGGAAAAAGGAAGCGUGUUGAUGUUGAGGAACAGGAAGCUAGCAGCUCCGUGUCCAUCGCUCACGCCUCCUCAGCCACAGGACCCAUCGUUAUUGAUGAGAUUGACACGGAUGGCAAGUUUAUAAGCCUCCAGAACACCGGCGAUGUGGACCAAGCCAUGGUGGGCUGUGAAGUGAUUAAAACGAUUGGAAGUGUGACAGCUACAUUCAAAUUCACACCUAAAUAUACAUUGAAGGCUGGACAGAGAGUCACGCUUUGGGCGUCUGAUGCUGGCAUGAGCUACAAACCCCCGACCGAUUUGAUUUGGAAGAACCAAUCCUCCUGGAGCUUUGGGGAGGAUGUCCAUGUGGUUUUGAUCAAUGCACAGGGAGAGGAAGUGGCAAAGAGAAACAUUACAUAUAAGACAGCCGAAGAAGGCGAUGGUGUGGAUGACUAUGCUGAUAAUGGAGAGGAGAUGCUUAAAGAUGACCUCUACCAACAGCAAGGUGACCCUGGCAGGGCCCAGAGAGGCUGCUCCGUCAUGUGAUCCCACCCAAACCACCAGUCGUCAACCGAGCCACCAACUUGCUGCCAACUGUGAUGAAGAAAAAGAAUCUCUUUUAAAAUCUUUUUCAGGAUAAAUUGCAUUUUACUUGACAUUUUUCUUUAAGUCCAAAGUUGCUUUCAUUGAGAUGCGAUCCUUCUUGAAACCGAAAUACAGUUGUAGGUUGAAAGUCCCCCACACCACCAAUCCUCGCCCCCCGUUUUGUAGCACUUGUAGUGUGUCUUCAGAAGAAUUUAAAUGGAUUUUGCUUCUAAUUUAUUUGAAAUUUUAUUUUGUCUAUUUUAAAAAGUAUUUAUUCUUUAAACCCUUUAGUUUCAAAUCAGGGAACGCGAUAUGUCAUUUUGAAACAAUUCAUAUUUUAUGAAAGCGUCAUGAAAAUUGACAUCGAGAGCACAACAAUGUUGACAUUAUUGGUUCAAUGUCACCUGUCGAUAUGAUGCUUAUAUUUUGCUAAGUCAGAGUACAGUUUAAACUGGUCAAUAAUGAUCCACUUUGCAACCUUGUGUGCUAUUUACUACUCGAAAAAGUCUAAGCUAUAACUUUGGGUUUUUUCAUAAAUUUGCCAAUGUGAGUUUGUUCUCACUGAUCUUUGAUAGAUUUGCCCAACAGUUGAUUGUAUUCCUAAAAUGUGAAGUCGUAGAAGUACUUUUUGUUUUGGAGUCUUACACUGUAUAGUGUGGCAGCAAUUGCCAGAGUCAAAUUAAAUAUCCUUUGCUUGAA